AAUUUGCAGGUUCUUUCCUAGCAUAAAAAGCAUAACGGAGCUCUCACAAUCGAGCAAUAUGCGCUUCAUGCAAUUUAGGGCACACGACAAGUAUGCUCUUCAUCUCAGCAAAAUGGAGAAGAGAGAAAAGGAGAGAGGCUCGCACAUAUCUUACAUGUUCCGAUUGCCUUUCGCGGCUGGCAGUGUCUUCAGUGCCUCCAUGCUCGAUACGCUUCUUUAUCAAGCGUUCGUGAAAGACUACAUGAUAACGUUCGUGAGAUUGCUACUGGGUGUGGAUCAAGCGCCAGGAUCUGGAUUUUUAACAUCGAUGAGAAUCACGAAGGACGACAUGUGGAUCAGAACGUACGGCAGAUUGUAUCAAAAACUGUGCUCCACUACCUGCGAAAUUCCUAUCGGUAUUUACAGAACGCAGGACACCACCGGCGAUUCAGACGCGGAGAGCGACGCCGGCGUCGGUGUGACGUACAAGGUGCGUCAUUCGGCGGCAGCUUCGUGCCUUGCGAAUUGCGCGACCCGCGACAAGGGUGCCUCAGCCUACUCGGUAAGCCUGGGCGACGAAGCGCGAGAUAACCACGCCCAGCAGAUCGAGAGGGCAGAGAUCGCGAACCUGGUACGUUCCCGGAUGGAGUCGUUGAACUUGCCGGUGGCCGACUACGACGACGUCUCGGAGAAACGGAACAGCCUGUCCUACGUGAUCAUCAAUCCCAGCUGCGACCUGAAGCUCGAGGAAGGCGACAUCGUGUACCUGGUGCGACCCAGCCCGUUCUCCGCGCAGAAGACGUUCGAGCGGCACAACUCGAGGCGAAAGAGCAACAUCAGCUUCUGCUCGGCCCAGUUGGUGUCCCAAAUGAGCGUGGCGGUGGCCUCGGCCGGCCUGCCAGGAGCUGGGACUGGAAGUCGUCGAGGAUCAGGCAUCGGCCUGCCCAGAGCACCUCCUCUCAGCACCACCAAGUCGAAUUCCCUGUCGCUGCCAGACAGUCCAACGGUGGCUGGCACUCUGCGCGGACGUUCCAACUCUCUGAGAGUGGUCGACGACAUUCUACUGCGACGCAGCAACUCGCUGAGGCAGGGGCUGACGGUGAGCAGAAGGAAGAGCAGCUUGGAGGACAUUGGUCUGGGUGCGCUGUCGCACCCGUCGAACCACAACCCGAUCAAGAUAGCGUUGAACGGAUCCAUCGGUCUGGAAGUGACCCCGCCCGAGGAAGGCUCUCAAACCGGCAUGGCUACCAACACGGGGAUCCUGGACGUUGGCCUGCCCUCCAUGCCGGAAUUGACCGCCUCUCUGGGGGGUGUGAACAUAGAUGCCGGCCUGGGUGGAUCUCUCGGUGGACUGUACGAUCCACCGAAUCUUCAGGGGCCGCUCGGCUCGCAGUCGCCGCAGAUCCAAGGCGGCACGCAGGAUCCUCAGUACAUACAGGGGACGAUCGUAUGAUAUAACCUUAUGUGGGGACGCAGGCUCUCCGGCGUGGUGCGAAACAAAUGGCUGUAGCGUUCCCACAUGACACGUCAAGAUCAUUAAGAUCAAGGGUGUUGACGCAUCCUGAUCGCCGACGAUUUUGAUGGGAUUGAAUGAUGGUGGACGAUGAUUGACGAUGAUGUUCUCUUCUUGCGAGACGGCCGGAGAGCAAGGUGUUUCAGUGAAACGAGGAGGAAGCAUGGAUAACACUCAAUGACCGACAGGUUUCAUCACCUGUUACGGUGAAGAACAGCUUAGACGAAUUUUUUUACUACGUUUUCUUCUACUUCUUGAGUUUAGCUUAGCGGCGAUGGUACGGUUCGCAGGAACCUAAUCGGGGACC